GUGUGCUCUGCGGCCGAAAAGCUCCGACGAACGACAUCGUCAAUACAUGAUGAACUCUUUUCCAAAGUGCUCGAUGCCCAGCAAGAAAUGACAUAGUUGCGACCCAGAGCAAUGGAACAAGGCCCUGCCGUGCCUACAUACGUCUUACGAGGUCACAACGCCCCCAUCCACGCACUGCACUUCUACUGCAGAAACAGCUACUUAGCCUCGGGCGACAGUGAAGGAUGGCUGAUCAUAUGGAGCCUGGCAACAAAACGUCCUGUCGCCGUGUGGAAAGCGCACGAUGGCGCCCUCAUGGCAAUCCGCCCUUGGGGCGAUGACAGACUCGUCACUCACGGAAGGGACCACAAACUGCGCGUAUGGCAUGUCCGAACCGAAGAUCUCGCGUGCCUCAGUACCACAUUGCCAAACGACGGCGCAACACUCGACCAAGCCCAGCCAUGGCUACUGCACUCGUUGUCGGUCAGCGCGCUCAAUUUCUGCGCCAUGUCCAUGUGUGACGAGACAGUGCGGCCGCCUCUUGACCAAGGCUCUGUCCCCCAACUGGUUGCCUCGCCGAACGGUCUGGAUUCAGGAGGUAUCGAUAUCUUCCAACUACCUUCUGAGCGCCGUGUAUCACAACUUCAAUCAGACAAGGACUCUACGACUGGUAUGGUCAUGGCCGUUUCUUUACUCAGAGACCCGUCUUCGUCUCGACUUGUUCUGAUAUCCGGCUAUGAGGACGGAAGCAUAAUGGUUCAUACGCACGAUGGGCUCCUCGACGUGAAUGGCCCCUGGCAGAAGGUCACCACGAGCAGACCACAUUCACAGCCUGUUCUAUCGCUUGACGUCUCGCCGUCAAGGGACCAGUUCGUCACGUCGGGUGCUGAUGCUACGAUUGCCAAGUUCGCCAUAAGGCUGUCGGACAUAUCAGCGGUAACAAAGCCUGCAAAAUCAGUCAAUACGAAACAUGCUGGUCAGCAGGGCCUAAGACUUCGUUCCGACGGCAGAAUCCUUGCCACCGCUGGUUGGGAUGGACGUGUACGAGUAUACUCAGCGAAGACUCUCAAGGAGCUGGCGGUGCUGAAGUGGCAUACAUUGGGCUGUUACGCUACAGCUUUUGCGGUUAUUGAUCCAGACGAUGACAGUCACGAGAACAAUGAGACAGGUUCUUCGAACGACCAUGCCACCGAAGUUGUGUCAAGACCUACUGCUCUAGACCUGAUCAAGCAACAGCGGGCAGAAAAUGCACGUUUGACGCACUGGCUGGCAGCUGGCGGCAAAGAUGGCAAAAUCUCGUUAUGGGAUAUCUAUUGAGGUCAAUGAUGUCUGUGAUGGUCAUUCCCAACACAAUGCUGGCAUAUUACUUCAUCAUAUCGACUCAGUGCCGAGUCCCCUCCCGUGGCUCAAAAAUCACGUUGUCGAUAAGUCUCACAAGUCUCUGGUCCAGUUCAUCCUGGUU